GACUUCCGGGUUGAGAAUUUUGACAGAACGGAUCAUGAAAUCGGAGAUGGUUUGGUGAAGUUCUGGUGACAAGAAGUCACAAAAUACGCGCGCGUUUUAAAUUCCCCGCGCGUGCCGGACCUCACGGAAUUUCAAGGACCCUUCCUUAUCAUGAGACUUCGGUGAAAACAACUUCCGUUUUCUUAUUUUCUGGGAGAAAUCGCGCUGGGUGGAUCAUCGGCAUGAUUCGCGACAUUCGUCGGGCGGUGAAGGCGCUCUCCCCCGCCGGGAUCGGGCGGCAUUCCGAGCUGGUGGAGCUGCUGCACGCCCAGAAGGAAACCCACGAAGCUCUCUGUAAAUACAUCGCAGCCAGCAACAACGAGUCCCAACUUCUCCUGAAGUUUUCGAAGUGCCAGGAUGACUUCACGAUACGGGAGGUGUCUGUACGGCAGGCGGAGAUCCACUGGUUAGCUGACAAGAUAGCAACGGAGUAUGCUGAUCAGUACCUACAGUACAGGAAGGCCUUUAAGGAGGUGCUAGCCGAGCAGAAACUGCUGGAUGAGAUCCAGAAGGUGAAGGAAACGAGCGAGGGGAAGGUUCUGAAACUCAGGAAGCAGACGGAGCACAGUAAGAAGAGAAGUGACGGAGCCAGGCUGGAGGCCAUGCAGGCUGAGGUGGCCAUGGCCGUAUCAGCUGCAGAGGAAUCCCAGACAAAGUACCAGAUAGCCAAGACCAAGUUUGAAGUUUACAAGGCUGGGAAGGUAAAGGCUGCCUUGUUGACCCUGUCAGACAACAUGCAGCUGUACCACCAGAGAUGCGGUAACCUAGCAACCACACAGCAGGCGCUGGCGGAGUUCAUCCCGGACGUCCCCACUCCCAUGACACCUGAGGAUAUGAAGAGUAUGGAUGACAAAGGAGUCCAACUUGUCAGAGAAGUGGCGGAGAAACUCAACAUGCAGAACCCUCCCAAAGAGGGGGGUCAGGAGGAAGGGUCCACCCUCCACACCUACCGACCCCUCACCUACCAACCCUCUCUCCCCUCUACCCACAUGGUACAGUCCACCUCUCCACAGACAGCCACAGGGCACAUCCAGGACAGUACCACUCCAGCAGAUGGAAUAGGGGACGACAGGGCUAGCAUUAGAAAAAAUCCUUUUGAUGAGGAGGUAGUCCCUCCCACUAGUCCAGAGGUUGAAGACGGCGGCCCCUCUACACCACCCCCUCAAAACUCCAGCCAAAACUUAGCACCAGAAGGAACAACAACUGCCAAGACUACCCCGAGCCGCCCCCCUCCCCCUUCUCAUCCUCCAUCUCACACAAGAGAUGCCUCGCCGUCUGCUAGAGAUGACCAGGGAACUUCGUCAUCAGAAGCCCCUCCGAGAAGGCUGACGAGGAUGCAGUCUGGGAAGGGUCCCCCCCCCGCCCGGCCGCCCCCUCCGAAGGCAGCGACUCUACCCAACAGGCCGCCCGCACCACUCCCUAGACCAGACCUGACAGCCUCACAUGAAGAUGACAGUGUGGACUACAGUGAACCGUACGUGCAGGCAGACAACUACAUCGACCCCAACACUGUUGUCGGUCCAAAACCCGAACCUCAGCAGCAAGCUCUACAAUCCAACGACACUGCCCAGCAACCACCUGACGUUGCCAUGCCAACAACAGAUAUUGCCCAGCAACCGUCAGAAGAUUCUCAGGUUGCUACGGAAACGUCGGAUGUUGCUAAGCAACCGAGCAAGCCCAGUCGUCCGCCCCAUGGCUCUCUUGCCAGACAGUUGUCGGAUGCGCUGAUGAUGAGACAGGCUUCAGGAGACUCUGUAGGAGAGGAGGCGGCUCUGGAGAGGAGCGAUUCGGUCACGUCCGACCACAGUUAUGUGGAGAUCGUGGAUGGGGUGCCACAGGAAGAGAUUCAACAUAAUGGUGAUGGUGAUGGCAGCCAACUGACACAAGGGCUAGAUGCACCGUCCAAGGACACUGAAAAAGUUCCAGACCAAGACAGUGGUGGGAUCACAUUUACUGUAGCCGGCAGUGGAGAUGCCACGGAAAAUCAGAAUCCAGCCAGUGUUGAGAAGGAAAAGUGUGGAGAGGCUGGGAGUGAGAGGAAGGAUCUAGACACGGACAAGUUGUCCAGUAAAAACGGUAAAGAGGAUGCUGCAAAGGUAGUUGUUGCAAAGCGUGAAGAAGAGCUGCAAACUGAAGCCUAGUUUGUUACAACACACAUCAUGUGGUGUAUUGUGACAAUAAAAUUUCAAAGGAUUUCCUUCUCAAACUUGCUGCAGAAAGUUGGCCAACUCUAGAUACCAGAAUAGCCAUUUGAUUUCCUAAACAUACUUCUCAAAAUCUUACUAAUAGAUUGAAAACAAUACCUGCAUGUUUUGUGCCAUUCCGAAAAUAUAUGGUCCUACCUGUAGUAUACCCAUUUUACUGUUCAUUUUCAUUCUCUACAGUAAGAAGAUUUAUAUAUGUUAUACUACCAUUAGGACAUUAUUGUCCAUGUAGUGGGCUAAUUGUUUACCUCACCUCACAGCAGAUGUUUGUAAAGACAUAGUGAAGCACAACCAUCUAUGCACAUGUAGACCCAGGCUGUAGAUAUAGUUAGGUGUAGUGUAAUGCCAAGUAUUUAGUGCCUCUAUUGAUACUGUUGAACUUUGAAUCUAAAAAGCCUGAAAUGUAGGAAACGUAUAUGUAGGUAAUCCUGUGUGACUGAUGUGUAACGCUACUUCACCUUUAUCCAUUGGGUAACCAUUAUCCGUUGCUUUUAACAACAGAGUAUUUGGGGAUAUUACGUUGACAGACGUUGGUUUCAAAUUUCAGUAUUGUCAGUAUAUUGCAGUUCAAAACUAUCGCCCGUCGGCUUGAUGUGCCUAAAUACCCUGUUUUGAAAAACAACGGAUAUAGGUUAACCCGCAGAUAAAGGUGAACUAGCUUUAUUUACAGCACAGUGCUAAAACUUUGUUCCAACACAAAAGGUUAGCAUGUUAAAUUUUUCACUUGUGCUAUGGUCUUCUUCAGAUUUCAAGUUACUGCAAAAUUCACUUAUUUUCACUGGGACUUAUUUUUAUGGCUGUGUGGCCACAGGCCACAAUUUGAAUUUGAGUGGUGAGGUCACCACAAAAGCUAAAAACGUUUGCAAACAAUUUUUAAAAUUUCGACAUUUAAAAUGCCAAUCACCUAGUAGAAUGGUAAAAAGUUUUAUGGGCUUAACUUUUGUGUUGGAACCAACUUUUAGCUCAGUCUCUACUACUAUAUGUUAACAAUCAACAUGAAACUUCAUUCUCGUGUCAAACCUUAGUAAGACAGAACGUGAUAUAAAGAAGUUACCUACAUCCAUGAUAAACCAGCAAGAUUAUAAAAGCUUCUCUCAUAAUGUUACAUAUCAACCUUAUAUGAUCCGUACGUUUGGGUAAUGUAGCUGGCAGCAAAAUACAUUGACUACUACAAACAUGAUAUUGUAUUCACACAUUUCUUUUCUAAAGUAAGAUGUAGGUUUUGAUGUUCUGGUAUUUGGAAUAAGUUGGAAAAGUGUUGUACAAUGUUAUUCGAGUUUAGAAAUGGUUGUGUUUCUAAGACUCACGGUUCUAUAUUAUUGUAACUUUUAUGUUUGUUACUGAGAUCACAUCAUUGAUUUAACAGUUAAGUUCACUUUGAAAUAGUUGUGUAACAGUUAAGUGCAGUUUUGUUCCCAUAUUGAUGAUGUGGUCCAUUGAAUGGGCCUCUUACAGAAAGCCAUAAUUUCUUCUGACCAUGUGCAAAUAAGAAAGGUCUUCAAAAGGCUGUUGUAACAAUAUCCUAAUUAUAACACUUUAUAGAGCGUAUGUGUCCUUUAGCAGAACAUACCAACAAUACCUGAAUAUAUUUGUAGCCCAACCUUUAGAAAGAUGUAUACAUCUAAAAGGCUUUCCAGCUGUUUUGGCUGCUUGCCUUAUUUGUAAUGCCAUAACUCAGAUUCCUUGUUGGUAUAAAUUUAUACUUCCUUUAACAAAAAUACUUGCCAACAUAUCUGAAAUAAUAUUAAUGCCUGUUAUAUGCUUCAUGUGCAAUUUGUACUGAGACAUUAUAAAGAAACUGACUGCUGCAUUUUGGCCAGGGUAGGUUUCUAGACAAAGUAUUUUCAAUGUUGAAAGUACAUUGUGUAUGUUUUACUUGAACAUGUGACAGUUCUCUAUUUGGAAAUGACACAUGUAGUACUUCUGUAGGUAGACAGAGGGAGUAGUUGCAAGAGCUUGCGAGUCAUCUAUUGAAACGUUAGUGCAUGUUUUGUUGUUUAAGUACGACUUGAAUUUACUGUGAAAAGUAAUUCAAGUUAGCCCUUUAAAACAUUUCUAAAGUUAAGCCAUUUGUAUUUAAUGAUUGUCAAGGCUGUAUGCUUGCAUGUUGCAUGAUAUUGACAAUAUGAUUUUGUUACUUUAGAAUUUAUUCAAGAGAUAUGUUAAGAGCAAAGGCUGCAUAUAUGUAUAUUAACAGCAUAUAGCCCAUGUAACUGUUUGAUUGUUGCAUAAUCAAAUUCAAUAUAAGUUCAAAUAACUUUGUUCACUCAACUUUAAUGUUGUAUUCAGCAGUUCAUACCAUUUGUACAUUGUACUACCAUUUUGCGUACUUUUACAUGAUAAAACCCUGAAGCCG